AUGGCUAUCGACCCAGAUGCCGUGACCACGAGCUCGCUCAGGGCUCUUCAGAAUGAAGACCAGCGCAAGGUUAUGGAUAUCGUGGACAAGCUCCGUCGCACGGGUCUCAGCGGCAUCGUCGAGCUUCCGCAGCUUGUGGUAUGCGGUGACCAAUCGUCUGGCAAAUCGAGCGUCCUAGAGGCCAUCACAGAGAUUCCGUUUCCGCGUAAAGAGAACUUGUGCACGCGAUUUGCUACCGAGAUCAUUCUUCGCCGCGCACCCAACUCAACUAUCUCAAUCACGAUAACACCGGACAAGCUGCGCCCCAAGCAGGAGCAGACGAAGCUCAAAUCUUUCAGCAAGACCAUCGAUGACUUCAACCAGCUCCCGGACAUUAUCGAAGAAGCUACGCAAGCCAUGGGUCUUGGUGUAGUUGGUGGCAUUGGUUCGAGGGCUUUCUCUCGCGAUGUCCUCUCAGUCCAGAUUGACGGCCCAGAUCGUCCCCAGCUGACUUUGGUCGAUCUUCCGGGUCUAAUCCAUAGCAGCAAUCGCUCUCAGACCGAAUCCGACAAAGAAUUGAUUCUCAACUUGGUUAAGGAGUACAUUAGCAACCCGCGCACGAUCAUCCUGGCCGUUGUCAGCGCGAAGAAUGACAUGGCCAACCAGCUCAUCGUUGACUAUGCGCGCAAGGCGGAUCAAGACAACAAGCGCACGCUUGGUAUCAUCACCAAGCCGGACUACUUGCGCGAGGGUACAGAAAACGAAUUGAGCUGGAUUGAGAUCGCGCAGAACAAGGAUGUCUAUCUUGAACGAGGCUGGCAUAUGCUCAAAAACCGCGGCGACAACGAAAUGGACUUCACUUUCGUUGAGCGCAAUAAGGCUGAGGCUCUGUUCUUCAGCAAAGGUCGCUACGUGGAUCUCCCUCGUGAUUGUGUGGGCAUCGAGUCAUUGCGUGAGCGUCUGAGCAAGCUUCUGCUCACCCAUCUCAUCAAAGAGCUGCCAUCUUUGAAAGAAGAGAUGAACACGAAAUUACAGGCGACGAGCGAUGAGAUCACCAAGCUUGGAGAGAAGCGAUCAACCAUUCCUGAACAGCGCAUGAUGCUCAUGAAAGUGUCUAUGCAGAUUAACAGCAUUCUUAAUAGUGCCGUCAAAGGCUUUUAUGAGAGCAACUUCUUUGGAGCCAUCGAUAUGAACGCCAAAGUCGAUGCUAAGGUGAACAUCUCCCGAUUUCGAGCAGUGAUUCAGCAUCGAAAUCUUACCUUCGCUGAGAACAUGCGGCUUCAUGGUCACACAUAUUCUGUUGGCAUAGGCCCUGGCGAUGAUCCCAACGAGCGGGCCGAGAUCCUGAAAGAUGAGAAAGAGCUCGGGCGCAUUUCCAAGGAUCUCCUGUUGGACCUUCCGAAGCCAAAGAUGUUCACACGUGAACAAGCUAUUGAAUGGGUGAAAAAGACGCUUGAACGUUCGCGUGGCUACGAAUUGCCUGGUACUUUCCAGCCCAUGCUGAUCAGUCAGCUAUUCUGGGAGCAGUCACAGCCGUGGGAGAAGAUUGCUGUAGAACAUAUCAAUGGCGUAGCUGAUAUCUGUGAGGGAUUCGUUUAUAAAGUUCUCCAGUACGCUGCGCCAGGUGAGUUUCUUCCGCGUAUCACUGCUCUGAGCGUCGAUGCUGCUCUCAAGUCGUCUCUAGCUGCAGCCAAGGAUGAGUUGGCCAAGCUCAUCAAGGAUAAGGCGCGCCAUCCUAUGACGUACAACCACUACUUCACGACUACGCUUCAAAAGCAGCGUCAGCGGAAGCACCAGAAGAUUGGAAAGAAAGCAGCAGAGGCUAUUACGGAAAACAAACUCAUGUUUGAUGGCAGUUUCCAAACCCUGAUCAAGCCGGAUGAUCUUGGAGAGGCUAUGUCAACGGCAAUUGAGCAGGACAUGGAUAGAUUCAGUGCUGGGGAGGCACUGGACUACGAACGCGCUUACUACAAGGACGAGCUAAAGUACUUCGUCGCCUCCGUUUGCAAGGAGUGCAUCGAGCGUCACCUCGUCGAGCCCCUUCCCAACAUAAUUCUGUCCCCUCUCGUGGUCACCGCAAUGUCCGAGAAAGAGAUUUCCUUUGUUGCUGCGGAGCCGCCUGAGAUCACACAGAAGCGUGCUCAUCUGGAGUCUCGUAUGGCUAUGUUAGAGAAGGGCCUCGAGACUUUCCGUGAGGCUAUGGGCGGCUUGAGACGCUAA